GGAAACGCCAACAGGAUCCCACCCGAAACCUCCGCGACUCGCUGUUUGCCUUUUUUGCCUCAAACGCGCGUACAGACCGAGAUGGAUAUGACCCCGUGUUGUUACGUGGCUCGGGAGGGGCGGAGUCUUCUUUCUUCAGAAGUUUCAAUUGGUUUUCUGUUUUCACAGUGUAGUGGGGGUAUCGCUAAUCAUAUUCGGCAUGUUUUGCACAAGAAAUGUCAGCCAGAAAGAGCUAUCUUCUCCCUUCGCCAAAUUACACCACAACAAUGUCAUGCUCCGGCAGCCCUCCAGGAAACUCAUUUUUGGUGGACUCCUUGAUCAGCGUCAGAGGCGAAAGCUGCGGACCCUACUAUCAGGGUAGCAGCGUGUGCGUGCCGCCCGCCUCCGAGCUGCCCUACGGACUACCAAACUGUGGAUUUUUUCCAGGACUGGGGAAACGCAACGAGCCCAGCUCUCAAAACAUGGUCCCCGCGUCCAGCCCCUACAUGCCCGUGACGGAUACAUGGCUGGACGCCUCGAGGUCGUGCCGCGUGAACCAGCCGGCCGUGAGCCAGCACGUCACCCCAUGCUUCUCUCCGAACAUUAAAGAGGAGAACGCUUACUGUGUCUACGAGUCGCAGAAGUGUCCCAAACCGUCAGCCGCAGAAGACCUCUCCUAUACCAGGUUGACUUCAGCCGCGGGCUCAGUCAGUGACAGCGUCAAUGUCCCCAUGCCUGGCUACUUCCGCCUGUCUCAAACCCACGCGCACACUAAGGUUUAUCACGGCGUUCAGUCCAACCUGCCCCACUUUGACCCGCAGCCCCCGGUUCGCUUUGACACCCCGCCUUCAUCAUCCUCUACCUCGGCGGAGAUGGCCCGGAAGGGGAGCGAGGAGGCGUCUUCACUGAGCGCCGCGCGCGCGCCUCGGAGAGAGGAGACACGAGCUUUGUCGGCAGACGAGUCAUCUGGUCCGGAGGCCCCAGACGCGUACAAGGACAGCCCGGGGACCGGCAGUAAAGGAAAUUCAAAAAGUGAAAAUGCAGCCAACUGGCUGACAGCGAAAAGCGGGCGGAAGAAACGGUGCCCCUACACCAAGCACCAGACCCUCGAGCUAGAGAAGGAGUUCCUCUUCAACAUGUACCUGACUCGCGAGCGUCGCCUAGAGAUCAGUCGUAACGUCCACCUGACGGACAGACAAGUCAAAAUCUGGUUCCAGAACCGCCGUAUGAAACUGAAGAAAAUGAAUCGCGAAAACAGAAUUCGGGAGCUUACUGCAAAUUACAGUUUUUCGUGAUUCAAAUUUUAUUUGAGCUGUCUGAAUUCGACACCUUCCACAGUCAAGUUUGCGUGAGGCACAUCCGGUUUUAAGGAUGCCCCCAUGUUUGCAUAUCUGUGUAAGAUACUGUUUAUUCGUGGGUGUUUCUUUCAUGAAUAGUUUCAUGUUGGUGGUUUUCCCCCCCUCAAUCGUCCUUGAUUUGUCCAUUUUGAUUUGCAUUUCUUUUUUCUUGUCUGUUGCAUCACGAUGUUUUUUUUAAUUUUAUUUUAUUUUAUUUUUUAUCGGAAGGACGGGGAAAAGCAAACUGAUGUGAACAAAGCUUGAAAGAGCAAAUUAAUAUUAAUCCUUCAAAGUAGGAAUUUGGGUGUAUGAAUUUCGACGUUUAUUGUAGCCUAUUGAUGGACUGGCCCAGAUUCUAUUUAGUGAGAGCUGUGCAUGUUUUUUUUUUAAACCAAACACUUUCUGAAAAAUUAGCUUUUUAAAGCAUUUGCCAAUGUGAAAAAAAAUGAUGUAAAUUAUGAUCUUCGCAAAUAAUAAAUCCUCUCAAGGACUGAAUGGACUUCUAGUCCUUAUCCGAAAGCUGGUGUAGAUAUUCCUGUAAAACCCGAUUGUAUAUAUAUAAUAUAAUAUAUAAUAUAUAUUUUAAUAUCUGUUCGCUUUCAGGAGAUAUGUGUUUUAUUCCAUAAAGGGAAAAAUAAGAAUUUCAUUCUUAAUUGGCAUUUUGGUUUGGAGCAGAUGGCAGAUGUGUAACGGGAGAAUUAUAUUGGGUCACUGUGAAAAACAUAAAAAAACUUUUGUUAU